UAAUAUAUAAAACGAGCCUGUUAUAUAGAUAAAGAAAGUCAGCCGCUCUGCAUUAUCUACAGUGCAUCGAAUCAAACCAAAAUCUCCAAAUUCGAGGAGUUACGUCAGGUCUCGCAUACAUUUUAGGAAGUGUUUUGUGGUGUAACGCUUCCACGUUUUAUGUCAGGGAGGAAGUCACACAGGAGCAGUUACACCCUGAUUGACCUCAUACAUAUUAUAACCUACAACAAACCACCACUGUCACAGGAUCCGACUACAGCCAGAGCAACAUCUCCUGUCCAUUAGGCUACUCCCUGGACUACAGCCCAUCUGUUUGGAGUUCAACCUGGCUGGCUUAUGUUCAGUACCAGAGGACUCACCAUGUGGCUAAAAGGUUUUAUAAGUAACCAUGUCAACAUGAAACUUCUGAAGACCUGUGUCAUCCUUCUCCUUCUGACUGUGUUGUUCUUUACACUAAGAAACAUGGACCUGCUGCAGCUAAAUUAUAAAGAAAACUCUGCCAUCAUCAACAAGAAAGUGAACUCUACUCAGCCCACUGCUCCUCCCACUGCUCCCCACACUGCUCCCCACACUGCUCCUCCCACUGCUUCUCCAGUGCCUGACAACUUCUGCACCUUCAAGCCACUGUCUUCUGCAGAAGCUGAGGAGGAACGUCUCAUAUUGGAGUCCAUUGCUUGGCCUGAAACUCCUCCUCUGCCAGCUCCUUUUUCAUUGAUUCAGACAAGUCACGCCGCCCACAGCACCUUCAUCAUUCUCCCAGGGGGGGUUGGAGACGAGCGGCAUGUAGGAGACCAGCUGGAAGUUAUGAUAAAAAUGUACGACUUCCAAGGUAACCCCAAGAAGUCUGGAGGAGAUGCAAUUGUUGCCCGUUUGCACAACAGGGCACUUGAAGCAGGUGUGGCUGGACGAGUGGUGGAUCACCUUAAUGGCUCCUACUCUGCUGUAUUCCCUUUACUCUGGGAAGGAAGUGCACAGGUUGAGGUGACGCUUGUCCACUCAAGCGAGGCUAUCACAGUCCUCCGUAGACUAAACAGAGAACAUCCUGAUAGGACUAUCUUAAAGAGCCUCUUCCGCUCAGGUUCAAUCUCUGAAACUACCAUCUGUAAUAUUUGUCUACGUCAAACCAACCAGCCACAGUGCAACUACACUGACCUCCAUACUGGUGACCCGUGGUUCUGCUACAAGCCAAAGAAACUGAGCUGUGAUGACAGGAUGAACCACAUAAACGGAGGAAUGGAUAUAAAACUCAAGGCUAAUGAGGCGAACCUUUUCAAAAGCAAUGUCAACAUGCAAGUCUUCAUUCAGGCUUCAGGACCGGCCAAUGUUACUGUGCUGCCUCAAAGGAAAGAGCAACCCAUGGAUAGUCUAGGCAGUGGGAAGUCUGGACUCUCUGGGUAUUACUACCAGGGUGUGUGGCGAUCACUAGGUGGCACCAAAGUCCACCAAUUCAACAACUCCUCUGCCAUCAGUCAGUGUCUGAAAGGAAAGGUGGUCCACAUGUAUGGAGACUCCACCGUCAGGCAGUGGUUUGAGUACCUUGAUGCUUCACUUCCAGAUGCUAAAGAGAUAAACCGGAAUAAUCUGAAGAAAUCAGGACCUUUCAUGAUAUGGGACAAUGCAAAAAACAUCUUGGUGAAGUUCCACUUACACGGUCCUCCUCUGAGUAUUUCCGUCCUUAUCCCAACCAGUGAGCUGCGUUACAUUGCCAAUGAAAUAGAUGAUGUAGUUGGUGGCACCAACACAGUUGUAAUUUUUGGCAUCUGGGCCCACCUCACUCCUUUCCCAAUGCAAUUCUACAUCAGAAGGCUUUACGGCAUCCGCAGGGCGGUGAUUCGUCUGUUAAACAGGGCUCCAGACACGCUGGUGGUCAUCAGGACUCCAAACCUCAGAGUGGGAGCAUAUGAAGGGAAAACAAGACUGGACCAAGAAUUGAGUCCUGUGGCAGACCGUACGUCAUGCGGGCCGAGGAAGAAACAAAUGACCAAUUGAGACAGAGAAUCCUCUAUUUGACAGGUAUGACCCAAACCAUUUGAGUGCAGUUCCGGUGAUGCCUACACACUGAUCAAGUCUAUUGGCUAGAAUUCUAUGAUCAAUAGUAUCAAAUGCUGUGCUUAGGUCCAACAGCAAUAUAACCAAACAUUCCCCAUUAUCAGCGCUCAUCAGCAAAUCGUUUGUAGCCCUAAUAAGAGCAGUUUCGGUACUGUGUCGUUUGAGGAACCCUGAUUGAAACUUGUCGCAGAUGUCAUUAUUGUUUAAAACAGAUGUCAGCUGGCUAAAAAGACACCUUUUCAACCAUUUCAAGAACCUUAGAUAUGAACGAGAGUUUGGAAAUGGGUCUAUAAUUCUCUGGAAGUGAUAGAUCAGGGUUAGGCUUUUUGAGUAAGGGCUGGAUGCUUCCUUGUUUAAAAUGAUUGGGAACGGUUAAUGAUGUAAAGUAAGCUGGGGCCAAUUGUACCAAUAACCUCUUUCAGGAGUGAGGUGGGUAAGAUAUCAAUAGGGCUUGAGGUGGUACGCAUGUGAGACACAGUAUCGAUAAGCUCAGUAAGAGAAAUUAAUUGAAAAUGGUUGAGCAGUUCAGAACAGACAGGAUAAUUGUAAAUAUGUGCAGUUGUCGUUGGUACAAUAUUAGACCUAAUAUCCAUGAUUUUUUUGAGGAAAAAAGACUUUUCACAGUCAGCAUUUGAGGAAGCUGACAGAGCUGGGGGGGCAGGGUUAAUAAAACCCUUUUCACACUUAUGGAAAUCUCCUGAAAAACGCUGGAGAUUAGGGUCCCCGGAGGGGCUUUAGGCUAUAUGUGAACGCAAACAGCCAAAUUUUUCGCGCAGACUUUACCCGGAGUUUCUCCGGCCAGACCCCUAGUAUU